AUGACUGGCACAGAGGCAAGAGCUCGCAAGUCGCGCCUGCGCUCAUCUGGCAACGCUUUCGCGGUGAGCUUGGCCGUGGCCGACCUGCUUGUGGCCCUCUCCCCCUACCCGCUGGUCCUGACGGCAAUUAUCCACGAUGGGUGGGCGAUGGGCCCCCUCCACCGCCAGCUCAGCGGCUUCCUGAUGGACAUGAGCAUCAUUGGCUCCACCUUCAACAUCGCUGGCAUCGCCAUGAAUCGCUACUGCUAUAUCUGCCGCAGAAGGGCCUAUGGACGGCUCUUCUCUGGCAUCAACACGCGGCGCUAUGUGGCGCUCGUUUGGCUGCUCAUGCUGUUGGCCAUCGUGCCCAACUUCUUCAUGGAGUCUCUGCAGUGCGGCCCCCGGGUCUACUCCCGCACCUUCUCCCAGGCUGUCAGAGUGGUGGUCCGCUUCUUCCUGCCCAUCGCCAUCGUCAGCUACUGCUACCUGAAGAUCUGGGCCCUCCUCAUCCAGGUCCGGCACCAGGUCGAGCCAGAAAUACGCCCCAGGAUGAAGCCCCACAACUUCCACAACUUCCUGACCACGUUCGUGGUCUUCGCCGUGCGCUGGGCAGCCUUGAACUUCAUCGGCUUCGCGGUGGCAGCGAAGCCGGCACUAGGUUCCUCCAUCCCCCAGUGGCUGUUCACCACCUGCUACUUCCUGGCCUAUUACAACAGCUGCCUGAACACCGUGGUUUACAGGGUGGUGAACCCAAACUUUCGGAAGGAGUACAAGCGGAUCAUGCUGGCGGUGUUUCGGGAAUAA